AUGGCGGGCCUGUUUAACUUAGUGGAGAGUGUGCUUUAUGGGAACACAAAGUCCCCUCUGCUGGACAAUAUGACCCCAGCGCCUCUCACUUCUUCUCACUCCUUCAGCAGCAGCAGCAAUAACAGCCAUCUUCUUGUCCCUGAGUUUAAUGUGGUAAAGGCUGUGGUUUUGGGCUUCGUACUUGGAGGUCUGAUCUUGUUUGCAGUUGUGGGAAACAUCUUGGUGAUCCUGUCAGUGGUGUGCCAUAAAAACCUCAGAACAGUUACGCAUUACUUUAUAGCCAACCUGGCUGUGGCGGACCUGCUCAUCAGCUCCAUCGUGCUACCUUUCUCUGCUAUUUUGGAGAUUUUGGACCGCUGGGUAUUUGGCCGAGUCUUUUGCAAUAUUUGGGCAGCUGUGGAUGUGCUCUGCUGCACUGCCUCCAUCAUGAGUCUAUGUGUCAUCUCAGUGGAUCGUUACAUUGGAGUGAGUUACCCUUUGAGAUACCCAGCAAUGAUGACAAAGCGCCGGGCACUGCUGGCUGUGUUGCUCCUUUGGGUGCUGUCUGUCAUAAUAUCCAUCGGACCUUUAUUUGGAUGGAAAGAGCCUGCCCCAGAGGAUGAAACUAUCUGCAAGAUCACAGAAGAGCCGGGGUAUGCCAUCUUCUCAGCUGUGGGCUCCUUCUACCUCCCAUUGGCAAUCAUUCUGGCCAUGUACUGUCGAGUGUAUGUGGUCGCCCAUAGGGAGAGUCAGGGUCUAAGAGAGGGUCAAAAGACAGAGAAGUCUCACUCAGAGCAUGUUAUACUCCGGAUACAUCGAGGCAACGCCACAGUGUCUGAAGAUGAAGCGCUCAGAAGCAGUAAGCACUUUGCCCUUCGCCUAUUGAAGUUUUCCAGAGAGAAGAAAGCGGCAAAAACCCUGGGCAUCGUGGUGGGUUGCUUUGUGCUCUGCUGGCUCCCCUUCUUCCUGGUGCUGCCAAUUGGCUCCAUGUUCCCUGCCUAUAGACCCUCAGACACUGUUUUUAAGAUCACCUUUUGGCUGGGCUACUUCAACAGCUGCAUUAACCCUAUCAUCUACCCUUGCUCCAACCAGGAGUUCAAAAAAGCUUUCCAGAGCUUACUCGGCUGUUUAAAGGAGACCCCAAGGCUGCAUCAUCUAACCCAGUGCCAGGGUCCUCAGUGUCGUCCAAACUCACUGGGAUUGGAUAAUAACCGCACCCCAUCCCGCCUCAGCCCUUCGUCCUCUCUAGGCCUCUCCAGAACACCGUCCUCCAGGGACAGCAGAGACUGGAAAGUGUUUUCUGGAAGUCCAACAAGUGGAACAGGCCAGACUGAAAAAAAAAGGACAAAAGUGGCCAAAUUAUGUAGUAAAAGCUUUCACCAAACAUGCUGCUGUUUCUUUAAUGGUCAGACGGUCCAAAAAGAGACAAACUGUACUAAAAACCCUGUGGUCACAAAUCUUCCCACCAUCAAAAUCCAUCAACUCUCUUUGUCUGAGAAAGGGGACCCAGUAUAA